GCCAAAAGAGGGCACCAAGAUCCAAGAAGUUCCCCCACCCGCCCUCGGACUCUCCACCAAUCGGGAGGCUCCUCCUUCAGCACUGACCAAUUGCGGGAGGAAAGUUUGAGCCUGGUUACUAGUCUUGGAAUUUCAUUCAUAUGGAACUACACGCUGGAGGCGUGUAGGCAAAAUGGGCGGGGACAAUUACUCCACGCCGACAGUACCCCGGAGGCAAUGCUUAGGAGAUCUUAUUACUAUACCUUCUCCUGACCUCCAAGGAGAAAAUUGUCUCGGUUUCACAGAGAAGAGACCGUGGAGACAGACCGAGGUGCGGAUUCAGCUUCCACCACUUCUUAAAGCAGCUACUGCCUAACCACAGUUCUGUGGAACACUAAAAGACUUCCUACUCUCCUGAGUUGAAAGGUGUGAUCCCAGAAAGCGGGGGUUGGCUCCGGAUCCCAGUCUCCAGGGCUCUUGGCCUUCGCCAAAUUUUUCUCAGACCGGUGGAGAAGCGAUCGGCCACUCUAGCAGCGUAGUCCUCCGGUUCUCGGUGGUGCAAGGCAUCGCGCUUGCGCGGUGGAUGCGGCGGCGGCGGUCAAAGGGCGGGCCACUGCAGCAGGGCGCAGGGCGCCGCGGCGCGUGGAAAGGUGCGGUGGCACCGCCCGCCUUCGCAGAGAUUUCCCCCAAAACUGGGUUCCUAAAGUGCAUUUGUAAGCAACACAGUUCUCAAGUCAGACAGAAUUGAAUUCUAAUCCAGAGCUGUGCCAAUUUAAGUAUGUGACUUUGGGUAUGCAAAGAAGCCUUAUCACACACAUGUCUUUUGAGAUAAUAUGGACCAGUCCGGAGUUCUCCUUUGGGUGAAAGCAGAACCCUUUAUAGUGGGCGCCUUGCAGGUCCCUCCUCCAUCCAAAUUCAGUCUUCACUAUCUCAGGAAGAUAUCCACCUAUGUGCGAACCCGAGCCACAGAGGGAGCUUACCCACGCCUGUACUGGUCUACAUGGAGGCACAUUGCAUGUGGGAAGCUGCAGUUGGCUAAGGAUCUGGCAUGGCUUUACUUUGAAAUAUUUGAUAGUCUUGCAGUAAAGACACCGGAGGAGCGCCUGGAGUGGUCUGAGAUUCUGUCCAACUGCACAUCUGAGGAGGAAGUUGAAAAGCAGAGAAAUCAGCUUUCAGUGGACACCUUGCAGUUUCUGCUCUUCUUGUACGUACAGCAGUUAAAUAAGGUCUCUCUGAGGACAUCUUUGAUUGGAGAAGAGUGGCCUAGUCCCAGAAACAGAUCUCAGUCUCCUGACCUGACUGAAAAAUCCAGUUGUCAUAAUAAGAACUGGAAUGAUUAUAGUCACCAAGCUUUUGUCUGUGAUCAUCUGUCAGAUCUCCUUGAGCUGCUUUUAGAUCCAGAACAACUCACUGCAUCCUCUCAUUCGGCCCAUAGUAGUCUCGUCUCACGAGAAGCUGUUGUGGCGCUCAGCUUUCUUAUUGAAGGUACAGUGAGCAGAGCCAGGAAGAUAUAUCCACUUCAUGAACUUGCUCUGUGGCCACCCCUACAUGCACAAAGUGGCUUCUCAAAGAUCUCUAAGACGUUUUCUUUCUACAAGCUGGAAGCCUGGUUGAGAGCCUGCUUGACUGGGAAUCCCUUUGGUACAUCUGCUUGCCUCAAGUCUGGAAAGAAAUUAGCUUGGGCUCACCAAGUUGAAGGGACGACCAAAAGAGCUAAGAUUGCUUGUAAUACUCAUGUGGCCCCUCGGAUGCACCGCAUGGUGGUGAUGAGCCAGGUUUACAAGCAGACCUUGGCCAAAAGCUCAGACACUCUGGUGGGGGCACAUGUAAAGAUUCAUCGUUGCAACGAAUCUUUUAUAUAUCUGCUCUCUCCCUUACGAUCCGUGACAAUUGAGAAGUGCAGGAAUAGCACCUUUGUCCUGGGCCCUGUACAGACUGCUCUUCACCUCCACAGCUGUGACAACGUUAAAGUGAUUGCUGUUUGCCAUCGUUUGUCCAUCUCUUCUACAACAGGCUGUGUCUUUCACAUUCUAACCCCUACACGCCCACUUAUUCUCUCUGGGAACCACACAGUAACUCUUGCCCCUUUUCAUACCCAUUAUCCAAUGCUGGAGGAGCAUAUGGCCAGGACGGGCCUCGCUACCGUGCCCAACCAUUGGGAUAAUCCAAUGAUUGUGUGCAGAGAGAACAGCAACACAAGUGUCUUUCGACUCUUACCACCAUGUGAAUUCUAUGUGUUUAUUAUUCCAUUUGAAAUGGAAGGGGACACAACAGAGAUACCUGGGGGUCUUCCAUCUGUGUAUCAGAAAGCACUGGGGCAAAGAGAACAGAAGAUCCAGAUCUGGCAGAAAACGGUGAAGGAGGCUCAUUUGACAAAGGAUCAAAGGAAGCAGUUCCAGGUACUUGUGGAGAAUAAGUUUUAUGAGUGGCUGAUCAAUACAGGACAUCGCCAGCAGCUGGACAGCCUGGUGCCCCCUGUGGCAGGUUCCAAACAAGCAGCAGGAUAAAUUCCUACGUCAGAAUACUGGGCCCUGGAAACAGGAGGAUGAAUGGAAGAUCAUACACAUCUUGAAACUAAAUGUGGAGGGUGCUGUUGCUGCUUAAGAGACUUUGGGGCUUUUUCUUCCUAUUUAAGACCUUUCCUUGAUUUCCAUUCCAUACUCAUUUGUUACCAUUUAGGUUGAAUUUUAUGUAAACUUCUGACUAUCAUAUAAACAUAUGGUUUAUAGAACAUCAGAAGACUUAUCUUUGUGAUGCCAAAAUGAAAAAGUUGUUGACGGCAAUCUCAUUGUACAUAUGUUGAUAUUAAAGUGAUUGAAUGUAGAUUUGCAAGUAAACUUCAUAUUUUAAUUUGUAUGAUGAAAGGGUUUUAUCCUUUCUAGAGUUAAGAGUUUUAUAGUUAUUUGUAACUAUUUAAAAGAAAAUUGCUAUUCUUUUUUUAUUAAAAUAAAUGGAAAGAAAGUGUUAUAUGUUGGUAUAAAAAUAUAGCAGAAAUAGUUUUAUAUGAAGAUAUUUUAGUUCUUAAAGUAUGAAACUUAAACUGUGUAAAAUCUUUAUUUUUUAUUUUCUACUUCAGAUUUUCAAUAAACAAGCUCUAAAAAUUAAUUUUAUCAUUUUGAUAGAAAGAUAAAGCUUUGCUUUUAACUUUAGAAAAGGUCUCUAAUGUUCUGGGAUGUUAUAUCAAAAUAAAGUUUACAUUUGAUUGGGAAAGCUGUGUUCUUUAAUAUAAAGUAAAACAAUUAUCAAAUUAGUAAAAUGAAUCUACGGAUAAAUAUUAUUUCAAAUGCUCACUGUCCAUUUAAUUAGCAACGAGAGAGAGAGAGAGAGAGAGAGGUUUUCAUUUUAGGAUGCAAUUCAAGCAAGCAGAACAUUACCAAAUAAAG